GCUCCUGCACGCGUCGCAUCCUUUCAAGCGGGCGUGUAGUAAGAUAAUCAUGUAGGUUCAGGUCUAAAUUGCUUGGGUUUCGGUGGGCCACGCAUUUGUCAGCCAAAUUGCGAGGCCAUUUCAGGGCUUCCUUGCUUUCUCGCUCACCAGCUGCGCGCCCUCACACAGGGGUUUCCAAGUGUCAAGUAUCACAAGUAUCGCUUGAGCAGCGGAGCGGCUUUGGAGCACCAAACCUUCAGCAGCAGGCCGCACCAAUCACCGCUCGAGGAUUCAAAGUACAAGGGUUUUGCAACCUGCAACCCGCAGCAGGAACACACGUGUGCAUACCCGGAGCCCCAACAACUCACGCCCGCGCGGCCUCACUCGGCGUCAGUGGAGUCUCAGUCUUCGAGCGGGCGCCUACUCAUAAAUGACCACGCGCGAGACAGCAGCGGUUUUCAAUGCGAUGGAGGCUUUCUGGAACGGGGCACUGGACGUCGCGGGCGACGACACGCCUUCCGCCGGCGCGCAGGGGUCAGGCACGCCAGGCCCCGCCGCCACCGCCGCUGCCAGCGGCCGGCGGCACCUCCUGCUGUUGGGCGCUCCAUCAUCACAACGAACACGACCGGCCAUUCCACAUCGAUCACAUAAGGGCACCACCACCACCAACACCGCCACCACCAGCGGCGGCAGCGGCGGCACCGCCGGCGGUACGGCAGCAGCGGACGCCGCUUUCGGUGGCGGCGGCGACGAUGCCCCCGCAGCUGCUGCUGGGGGCCACGCGCAGCGCCUGAUGUGCCUGGGUAACGCGAGCGGCGGCUACAGCAGGAGCCUGAUGCCUCCCGAUAGCAGCAGCUGCGGCCGCCGCGGCGGCGCGAUCUCAGUGGCAGCAGCACUGGCGGCAACAGUGCCACCUGUCGCGGCCCCGGCGGCAGCGGCAGAACUUGGUGAGGGCGGUAGCGCACGCAAUGGAGAGGACGGCAUUGCUUUCUCCAACAGCACUGCCGGCGGCGGCGGCAGCUGCGGCUCCUCCUCCGCCUGGCCGUUAUACCUGCUUGACUCGGGCUAUCUUGCAGACAUGCUGCAACAGCAGUCCUUACGCAGCCUUGACAACAACAGCAGCAGCGCCCCCAGAGCCGACAGCGGCAUUGGCGACUUUUACUUAAGUAGCCGCAGCACUGGCCGCGGCGGCAUGGAUAGCGACGGCCCAGCAGUCGGCAAGCACGCCGCCACUACCACGGCCACUGCUGCCACAACCGACGGCUCUGAGGCUGCGCUCGGCAGCGGCGACGGCAGCGGCGACGACGGCGCCGAUGGCGACGUCGGCGGCGGCAAUGCUGGUGAUGAUGAUGGCGGAGCCAUGGGCGCGUCCGUGUCCGCCGCCGCUGUGGCGAUUCCGCGACAGCUGCAGCGGCCGUUUGCGGCGGCGGCGACGGCUGUGUCAGUAGUGGCAGAGCUCUGGAACCGCGAUCGCAACGGCGGCGGCGGCGGUCUAGGUGGUCAACCAUCAUCACCCAAGCCCCGAUCUGCCGCCGCUCCAUUGUCAGCCUCUCCUAAGCCGCCGCCGCUGCCACAGGUGUACAAGCCGCUGCAGUUUCUUUUCGCGCCGCCUGUCACGGCGGCUGCGUCCGCAACUACUGCCGCCGCCGACACUGCUACUGCCACGGGUGCUGCCACGGCGGCUACUGCCGCCGUCGCCAGCGGGCUGUUGGACAUCAUUGCAGAGCUGGACACGAUGCGGCAAGAGGCAGCCGCAGUAGCUGCUACAGCCGCUACUGCCGGGCCCCUCAGCGCCCUGCGGGGCCUGCAGCACUGUAGCCUGGGCAGCGACGGGCGCAGCCGUGGCAGUAGCAGCGCAGGGAUGGUCACCGUAAUGGACGGCGGCAGUUGCAGUAGUAACGGCGGCGGAGGUAGCGGAAGUCCGGCCACAACGGUGCUGGUGCCGGCGGGUCUGCUUUCCUUGGCGUCUGUGGAGGGAGCAGCAGCAGUAGCUGCACCAUUGAUGACAGGCAUGGAGCCUUCCGCGGGCCCGGCGGCGGCGGCCGGCAAUACCGACAACGCUGGCGCCGCGCUCGCUUCCAGCAGCGUGGAUCCUUCCGCUUCAUCUCGUCCGAAUGUUGCCGCAAAGAAUGCUCUCCGCGCGAACAGCAGCAGCAGCGGCGGCUGGACUGCUGUCCGGGGCGCAAUGGGCGCAAUCAGCGAAAGGCGCAUGGCCAAGGCCCAGACGAAGACCAAGACGCUAGCGGUGGUCCCGGCCCCGGCGGCAGCAAAAGCCAGUGGCCGUAACCGGCGCUAGAACGUACAUACGUAUGGCAGUGCCCGCAACAUAGCUUGGACUCAAACCCACGAGCGACGCGCAAAGCACAACUCGCUCCCUCGAUGCAUGACGCCUGAAACCUAACAGUAUCUUGAACGGGGUGAGGGUGAGGUCGGUCAAACACGCACGGAUGGAAGACACGAUCUGCUGAUGUCAUAAAAGCACAACAAUGUGAUUGCGCUUGGUUGGCGGGCGCAAGACAUGCAGCUGCAGUUGCUUGAACGCGAUGGCACUGCUGUAAGCAAGUUAGCUGAAGUUUCAUCCAGCCUGUGUUAUGGGUGCGGUAUAUGUACUAUUUGGCAAGCAAUUGCUGCCAUGCAUAGAAUCUUACGACAGAAUCUGUCUCGUGUUGCAUACCGUAAUCUUGAGAUGCAUAUAUAUGUGGCCAAGAAGUUGGAGCGCUGGGACGUCGUCUGGGAUCGUCGAUGUUUGCUUGGGUGUUUGGGGUGGGGUAUGGGUGUGGUGUGAGAGGGUGUGAGUGUGUGUGGGGGGGGGGCGGGGGGGAUUGUAGAUAGAUACCAGCAGCCCAAACUAAACCGAACCCAAUGCAACAGAGCGAGGAGGAGCGAGAGCGUGGCCUCCGCUUUGACAACGCGGGUUACUUCACUCCAGAACCCAAAGCAAGUGAACCCACCCGGGAGAGCGUGCCGGCGCGUGAAGAUGUAUGUGUGUCCAUCGUGCCUAACGCACCUGUUUACUGCCUGCUGGAGCACUGCACGUACAGUACAUAUACGCGUUAUUAUUUUUGAGGUCGUAACGAAAUGGAUUAUUGUUUGGGCAGCCUCUGCUUGCUUGCAACGUGGCCACUCAAUCGGCCAGACAUGCUCACGCUAAUGCAUGGGUGUCUGCAUCUCCUGCUGCAUGCAUGCCACAGGACGAAGCAGGUUUUGGGGUUGCGCAACUCGGGUCAAUCAAGGAUACGUUUGACUGGAAUGGCUGCCCGGGGAGGGUGCUCGGGCUGGGUGCAUGGCCGGCUUUCCUGAGGGCUUUCUUUCGUGGAACCCGGCAAUGGUUGGUGUGAUGGGUGGGUGGGACUACUGCAUGCUGUACGUGGGAGCGAGGUGGUGCAAUUAUGGAUGUGGGUAAAGGGUGCGUGUACUGACGUAUCACAUCAUCACAUGUCUCUUAUCGAUGAGGCAUGGGUCUGCUGCGUGCGGGGUGUCAUUGAUUGGCGUAAACUGCUGGCGGAAAGGGUUGCGAACAUCA